AUGCCCAAAAUCCGACCGGGUAUGAGGCGCCCACCACCGGGUUUUGAGCUCAUCAACGACAAGCUUGACGAGUACGACACGGAGAUGCGAAUUGUGAUGGCCGAUGAUCCGCAGCAGGCGCAGCUCCCCGCAAGAUCCCGCAAAGCGAAGCGGGGCGGCGUCGCAACGGGCAGCACGAAGGAGGACGUGAAGGAAGGAAAAGGCGCGAGUGAGGCUGAACUGGGAAAUUCGGAGAAGCCUGUCCCACCGCUCUGGCGCGUCGCCCGCAUCAACCGAGAGCGCACUCGCUACGUUUUUGAUGCCUGUUAUCACGAGAAGACUGUAUCGACCGAUGUUUUGAAUUACUGCUGUGAGAUGAAUUUUAUUGACGCUGGGCUUGUGCGGCGAUGGAAACUCCCGGGGUAUGAGCAACUGUGUUGCACCGCGUGCUGCGUCCCCGGCACGGCGAGUGCGGCGGCGCGCACGGUGAACAAGCAUACCAACCGUCACAGUCACGGCAGGCGUGAAGGCAAUGGCGGCGAGGAGCGUGCGGAGGGCACAUGCAUUUGCCGCGUGCCGGCGGAGCAACGACGGGUGAAGCGGCUUGAGGGGUGCACAGUAUGCGGCUGCACGGGCUGUGGGUCCGGCGAGAAGAGGAAGCGGGAUCCAGUGAAGGAACAAGCCAAGGAUGCACCAGCGGCGGUGGUCAUGCGUGUUGAGGAAGAACCGAAAAGCUAG